AUGUUCCAACCUAUACAUUCCUUGCGCACAUUUCUGUCCCCAACAGUUUGUCACAAUCUUGUCUCAAAAUGUGACAAACCACCGAGUCUCUCGUUGCCGUCAUUGGUGCUGCUUCACUGUCGGUUGUGCUUGCGUUGUGAUUUGUUGAAUGGUGUGAAGGUUGUGGAAUUUGAUACUUGCAAUUCGCGCUUGACAUUGCUUUCUUCCAAGUUAUCAAUGCUUCCGGCAAUGUUAGUGUUGCGGCUACCGUCAAAUCAAAAUCCCAUUUACUCAAAAAUGGUAAAACCAAAUCCACAUAUUAUUCAAUUUAAGUCUGUAGCAGCAGCACGCAGAGUAGUGGCAACAUCAACAGCUAGCGUGUAG